AGAAAUCGGCACCGUAUCUUCUCAAUUCCAAGUUUUCCUGAGGCGCAGUAGCUAGGGAUUUGGCAGCGGAACAAAGGCCGAAGAAAGACAGAAGAGGAAGAUGUUGAGGCUCGCGUCGAGGAGGCUUUCCUCCAUCUCUUCAUCUCCAUGGAGAGCCGACCAGGCUAUGUCGGCUUUCUUCUCUCGAAACUCUAUUAAAUCCGGCGGUUCUUCCUCCUCCGAUCGCAACAGAUCCUCUCCCGAUGCUGGUCAUUUUUCUCUCAGGCCCGACUUCCUUGUUCCCUUCAGAGGGUUUUCUACUGACACGCUUGUCCAUCCAAAGGAAAGUAGCAUUAUUUCAGAGAUUCCUCCUACUGUCGCAGCUAUUAAGAAUCCUACUUCUAAGAUUGUUUAUGAUGAACACAACCAUGAACGAUUUCCUCCAGGGGACCCGAGCAAGAGGGCAUUUGCCUACUUUGUCCUAACUGGUGGUAGGUUUGUGUAUGCUUCUCUAAUCCGUCUUCUUAUUCUCAAGUUCGUGCUCAGCAUGUCAGCUAGUAAGGAUGUUCUUGCUAUGGCCUCCCUGGAGGUUGAUCUGUCUAGCAUUGAGCCUGGCUCUACAGUGACUGUUAAGUGGCGUGGAAAGCCUGUGUUCAUCCGUCGUCGAACAGAGGAUGAUAUUAAGCUGGCAAACAGUGUUGAUGUUGGAUCUCUUCGUGACCCUCAGCAGGAUGCAGAGAGAGUGAAGAACCCAGAGUGGCUUAUUGUGAUUGGCGUUUGCACGCAUUUGGGUUGCAUUCCCCUGCCAAAUGCUGGCGACUUUGGUGGAUGGUUCUGCCCUUGCCAUGGUUCACAUUAUGAUGUUUCUGGCAGAAUUAGGAAGGGGCCAGCGCCUUACAAUCUGGAGGUACCAACUUAUACCUUCUUGGAUGAGAACAAAUUGAUGAUUGGUUGAAGCUCUUGGCGCCGCUUUUGUGGGGAUAAGGUUAUUCAGGCACAACUUUUUGUCAUUUAUUCGUUAUCUUCAAAAUUUGCCUUGGACAUCUCUCAUCGAGUCCCAUAUUUGGGUUUGUUUAGAUGUGUUAAUGUAACUCAGAGAAAACUUUUACUGUCUGGCGAGACCAAUUUGAAUAAUCGCCUGGCUUUUGCUAGCGUAUAAAUGCUUAAAACUGAAAGUCUUUGAGGACUACGGCCUGUGGCAUGAUGUAUUCUAUUUUGGAAAUUGCCUAUCACAUAAUUUUUUUUCGUAAGAGCUGCGUUUUUUUUGUAAAGAAAAACAUUUAUUGGUAUGAUGUAUGAAACUUACAAGUUACAACAA